AUGAAUGGGGAGACAAAGAAUGAUAUACCGGACUCAGGUGCAGUGUUCUGCUUUGGAAAGAGUGUGACUGUGGAGGAGGGUCCCGCAAGAUUCUGGCUGAAAAAUGACAGAAUCGUUCAGCUGUCCUGUGGUCACACACACACUGCGUUCAUAACAGAUCGUGGUCAUCUGUUUGUGUUUGGGGAUAACAGCAGUGGCCAGCUCGGUCUGAGGCAUCACAAAAACAUCAGCAAACCUGUCUGUGUGAAAGCCUUGAAAUCAGAAACUCUGACACACACUGCAUGUGGGACUAACCACACACUUGUCAGCACCUCACUCGGAGAGGUUCUUGCAGCCGGAGGAAACAGCUAUGGACAACUUGGUCUGGGUCACUGUGACAACAACGCUUCCUUUCAACGGCUCCGUCCACUCUGUGACAAUGCAUCAAUCAGAAUGCUCUCUGCUGGUUGUAACACCUCAGCUGCCUUAACAGAUGAUGGUAGACUGUUUGUCUGGGGAGAUAACUCUGUUGGUCAGCUCGGUUUAGGGGAAGAGAACCAUGUUUCGUUUCCACAAGAACUGAAAAUGGACCAGACUGUCACUGCAAUAUCCUGUGGAUCCAGUCACUCAGCUCUCCUAACUGAUACAGGGAAUGUGUUUACCUUUGGGGCAUGUGCUAAUGGGAGACUGGGACUCUCAGCAGAGCAACUAGCCAAUCACAGAAUACCACAGUGUGUCAGCAUUCCCAAACCUGUGCUACAGGUGGCAUGCGGUGGUGGGCAUACCUUAGCACUCACAGACACUACCGUGUAUUCGUUUGGCAGGGGGGAGUUCGGCCAGCUGGGUUUGGGCACAUUUGUGUUUCAGGCUCAUUUGCCAACUGCGGUCCGAAUCUUCAGUAAACACAAAAUACGACAUGUAACCUGUGGAGAGACCCAUAGUGCAAUUAUUACAGAGAAUGGUCUGCUGUAUACAUGCGGAGAUGGUCGCCAUGGGAAGUUGGGCCUCGGCGAUGAGAAUUUCACCAAUCAGUUCAGUCCCACAGUGUGCCCACGCCUUUACAACUACAACGUACAGUCUGUGUCGUGUGGAAGCAAUCACAUGAUGGUGUUUGCUGGUCUGAGGAGGGAAGAGGUGUGUGCAGAGGACAGCAGUAUCUCACACGUUCGACUGGAGAAAAGUUUUGCCUCCCUCUUACUUGGGCAACCAUCUGAACACGACCGCUGCCUGUCCCCCAUUCCGGUUUCACGUCCUGACUCCAUGCCCACUGCUCAUCCCAGCUCUCACUACAGGAGCCAGUCUCCACGCUCCAGGAGGCGAGAGAGAGAAGGCUCACGUGAUCACUUUGGCAUUAAGCUCCUCCCUCUCCCUCCAGCUGGGGACACUUUUACCUCACGGCCCAUCACCAGUAGCAUCACAGCCACCGUGAAGCCCCCUAAAACACCCCCUGCUGAUCCUAUCCUCACCCCAACCAACCACACCAUCAGUCUCUGUAAACCAAGCCCUGCUGAAACAGAAACAGGUGAAGUGGCUACUAAGAAUAAGAAGGAAAGCCAGGAAACAAAGGCUUACCAUGGCAGUAGCCUGUCAGUCACGGAAGAGGAGAAGGAGGAAGGGGAGAGCGGAGAUGGGGAGGAAGAGGGACAGGAAGGAGAGGGUGAAGGAGAAGAGCAGGCAGAAGAAAGUGAGGAAGGGAUAGCUGAAUAUAAGAAAAAAAGUGGAGUUGAGAUGGGUGGAGAGAAAGAUGUGACGGACAAAGCCCAGGACAUGGAGGAGAGGAACGAAGAAGAGGAUAUUGAAGAGGGAGAGACAGAUGAGGAAGAGGAGGAAGAACAGGAAGAGAAGAAAGAGGAAGAACAAGAAGAGGGGGAGAAUCAAAAAGAGAAAACGAAUCAGGAGGAAGAAGAAGGGGAAUAUUACAGUGAAGAAGAAGAAGAAGAAGAAGAAGAAGAAGAAGAAGAAGAGGAGGAGUGGGAGGGGGCAGAAAAGAAGAAGGAAAAUGUGUCUGUGAGGGGGGGAAAGGGAAAUAAAAAUGAUGUUAAAAAAGAUGAGGAGGAGGAAGAUAAAUUGGAAGAGGAGGAGGAAGAUGAAGAGGAAGAAGAGCAGGAGGAUGAAGAGGAAGAAGAGCAGGAGGAUGAAGAGGAAGAGGAUGAGGAGAAUGAUGAGGAAGAAGAAAAUAAGAAAGGGCGUAAAAAGCAGGAGGAAGAGGAUGAAGAAGAAGAAGAAGAAGAAGAAGAAGAAGAAGAGGAGGAGGAGGAAGAGGACGAAGAGGAGGAGGAGGAUGAAGAUGAGGAAGAGGAAGAGGAAGAAAGAGCAGGACAAAAAACAGGCAGGGCAAAGACAAAAGCUGAAUCAAAAGCAGUGCCUUUGGUCACAAAGUGA